GCGUCACUUUCCUCCUAUUCGUGGUCGUUCAACUGUUUACACGAUGCUACGGAAUCCAUCAACAUAUGACGAGGGAGGAGCUGAUGUCGGUGUUCCAGACGGACCACGAAUCCGGUAAUGAAAAUACCAAUAUACCAAGUGGUACCAGUAUUACAUUCGGUGCACAAGAGAAGUCAAGAUGCAAAACAGGAAGUGCAUCUCAAGGCGUUCGGAAAAGAUUUCCAUUUGUCCCUGGAGCCAACAGAAAUAUUGUGGUCCGGAGAUCAUUUAUCCAUGUGGACAGUCACUAGAAAUGAUUCGCAACCAAAUGGAUUGGAUUAUGAGAUAGUACCGGAAACGAGUACAGAUAUUGGUGACGCCUACCAGGACGAGGAGAAUAUGGCAUCAAUUGUGCUGCACCGGAACGAGGAUGAGAAAGUGCUCGUUCAUGGGAAUAUUGGAUCGGACUAUGUGAUUCGUCCACUUCCAGAGCGUGUGAUAAAAGAAGUCGUGAGUCAAAUUAAAAAUCUUCACGAACCACACCUGUUGCCCAAUGUCACGAGGGUGAAAAGAAACCUGAAGAACACACAUCAUCAUGUUGUAUUUAAAAUAUCAGAACGUCCUUUAAACGACGAGUUUAGUGACUUUGCUUUUAUGGAGCCAGAUCAUUUGUCAAAGAGAUUCAGGAAGAAAAGAUCGGUCAGCGUUAGAUCGAAACGUGAUGCGCCAUAUGUUAUUUAUCCUGAAAUUCUUUGUAUAGUAGAUUAUGAUGGUUACAGAUUGCACGGCGGUGACAAUGUGCAAAUUAAGCGUUACUUUGUUUCAUUUUGGAAUGGAGUGGAUCUUAGGUACAAAUUACUAAAAGGUCCUAAAAUUAGAAUCAGCAUCGCUGGAAUUAUAAUAUCACGCGGUAGGGACGCGACACCUUAUUUAGAAAGAAAUCGCGUUGGACGCGAUGCCAUCGAUUCAGCGGCUGCCCUAACCGAUAUGGGCAAAUAUCUUUUCCGCGAGAGGAGACUUCCGGUCUACGACAUUGCUGUUGCCGUCACAAAAUUAGAUAUGUGCAGGAGGCAAUAUGCGAAUGACGUGUGCAAUAGAGGAACUGCAGGAUUCGCGUAUGUUGGUGGAGCUUGUGUCGUUAACAAGCGACUCGAAAAAGUUAAUUCUGUCGCUAUAAUCGAGGACACUGGCGGCUUUAGUGGCAUUAUUGUUGCUGCUCAUGAAGUUGGUCACUUAUUAGGAGCUGUGCAUGAUGGUUCGCCACCACCAAGUUACCUUGGUGGACCUGGAGCUGAAAAAUGCCGCUGGGAAGACGGUUACAUCAUGAGUGACCUCAGGCAUACUGAAAAGGGAUUUAAGUGGUCCCAUUGCAGCGUAUCGUCUUUCCAUCAUUUUUUAAAUGGGGAUACAGCAACUUGUCUGUACAAUGCACCACACGAGGAUGAAGCACUGCCGAGAGUUUUACCAGGAAAAUUAUUAUCGCUUGAUGCACAAUGUCGAAAGGAUCGUGGAACGAGCGCUUGCUUUAAAGACGAUCGAGUUUGUGCUCAGCUAUUUUGUUUCGAUGCUGGUUCAGGUUACUGUGUGGCUUACAGACCAGCAGCUGAAGGUUCUCCUUGUGGUGAUGGUCAGUAUUGCUUAAAUGGAAAGUGCGUUGCGGAGCACGAGAACAUCAUUCCAGAUUACACUCAAAAUGUUCCCACCUACAUAAGACGAGAUUAUAAUUCUGUCACACAAAGUCGGCCAUAUUACUCGCAAUACGGAAAUACGACGGAAUACAGGUAUCCAUGGGUUACAACUCGCAGCAACUUCGAUAAUAGAUAUAAAUACACAACACCCUAUACACCAACAGUUAGUCCCUAUAGAGUUGUUUCACAAUAUACAACGCCUGUUUUUAAAAAAACACAAAGCACAGCUUGGAAAAAGCAGCCACAAAUUAAAACAACACGUUAUGUAAACACAAAUAAAAUUUAUCGUAGUCCACCAUUAAUAACAACCACGGCGAAAUCUUAUAUUAUUCAUAAUUAUGUGAAAACACAUUAUCGCUCGACUGGUUAUUCAAAGGCAAAUUAUCCCCAGAGUAAAGUGACAUAUCAAAAAACUUAUCCCUACAAAUAUAAGAGUUCAGCCAGUUCGAUGUCAUAUUCGUCAGCGUCCGAUGGAAAUGGCACAGACGAUGGUAAUGAAACAGAGGCCGAUGAAUGCAAGGACGAGGCAAUUGAUUGCGCAGGGCUGAUCAGCAGGAUGGGAACAUGGCUGUGUCAUCUGCAAUCAGUGAAAAGCCGUUGUUGCGCGUCCCUCAAGGGAAUCUGCAAUAGUUAGAAAGAGACAGAAACCGAGAAGAACACGAAAAAAACAAGGAACAGAGAAGCUGGUGCUCACUAAGGGCGCUAACCUGUGCAAAUGUCGAUUUUUGUAUAAAAAAAAAAAAUUGUCGAUUUUUAAAAAUUCGACAAGAACUUUAUUUCUCUCUUUUGUGCACUAGUGAAAAAGAAUGAAAGUUUUCUUUUUUUUUCUUUUUUUUUUUAAUUAAUUUUAACCAAACAAAAAAAAAGUGCAAGGAACAUUUGAAUGCCUCGCAACAAUUCCCCCAUCCCAAAAAAAAUUCGGUACACCAAUACGAAUCGGGUUUCGUUUAAAAUAAAAAAAUCUAUUUUUUAAAGAAAAUAAAUUAAGGACACAUUGAUCUGCAAAUCAGAAAUAAUCUGAUGGAAAAAAAUUGUGUAAAAAAAGAACGAUCCUCGAAAAAUGAAGUUCAAACGUUGUGUGUACAAGUGCUGUUUUAUUUUUAUUUUUUUUUUUCAUUUUCUAUCAUGUUAGAAUGUAUGUAGAUUUAAUAAAGAUUCUUCUUUUUAAAUUAGAGAAUCUAUUAAAUUGACUUUUGUCUGAAAAAACACGAGUCGUCUUUCAUUUUUUUCGUUUUGUUUCUAAAUAUCCUUGUGUAUUAUUCAUUCUAAUUGUUGUUUUUUUUGUGUAUCACUUAAUUAUUCUUUUAUUUAAGUUUUCGAUUGACGACAUGGCGCAAGAACGUUUUUUGUUCAAUAGCCCUGAUAUUAUAAAAAAAAAAUUGUGACAUUGGCAAAACCAAUAUUAUUGAAGCGUUUCUGGAAAGAAUGUCUUCAGUUCAAUUUUAUCGACGAAAGAAAUUUUUUUUUCAAAAAAAUGAAAAACACUUUUUGUAGCGUAACAAUAAAUAUAAUAGUUAUUAAUUAUAA